AUGGGUAUAGACAAGAGAAGUGUCAGCCAUGGAAAAUUUACCGAAUGUAACGAAUGCGAUGAAUAUGAGACCAGUGGUUCGAACAUUCUUUGCGAAUACUGUGGACACAGACCAGAGCAACAUGAGGUGAUCAGCCAGAUUAGCGCAUCUGGGUCACAGGUUGGGUCUGAGUUGGAGCCACCUGAAAAAAGGCCUAAGCCAGCAGAAGAGGAAGAACAGAAUAAUGAUGUAUCAGAUGGGGAAAACGAAGUCACCAUGAUAGAUAAUGCUGAAAGUUGUGUGAAUGAUAACACACAUCGAGAAGAUGAUUUAGUGAGUAAUAAUAGAGCUUUAUUUCAUGGUGUAUGCACCGAUGUUUUCAAAGAAAUCUACUUUACCUCCCCAAUCUGCCAAAAAUAUGUUUGUUUCAUACAUGUAUGUAUGUAUGUUGUUAUUAUUAGCCAUUUCUAACUCUGGCUUACUUUCUGUUCUAGUAAUACAUAAUGUUUGGCGGGAUUUAUGGCUUUAAAUAGAACCUGAGCAUUUUCUUUUUUGUUUUUAGAACACGAACAAAGAGUUCUUUCCGAAGGUUUGUAAAGAACUGGCCCUCGAACAUCAAAAGACGUAUUCAGUUUCCUGCAAAUUUGAACCACAGAUUAAUUCAGAAGGGAAGGUCAAACUCGUUUGCCAAAUAUGUGAUGUUCAAAUUACACCAGGGCUGACAAAACAGCGGUUAUUCAAUGUAAGGCGGAAUUUCAUGAACUCUUCAUGUCAUAAAGCUAAAGUCAUAUCCCUGGCGGAUAGAGACAACGUUUCCUCCGAGAGUGUGGUCAACUUAGACAUGGACGAAGGGAAGAAAAUAGCAUUUCUAAAGAAAAUUUCUCCUGGUACCUUCGAACUUAAGGGCAGUCAUGUUCUUUGUUCAUACUGCGUUGGAAACAGCCGCACCAUCUAUCUUAAUCCUAAUCAUGGCUCGUUUGAAAACAAUGUGCGCAGCCAUCUUCAAUCGAAGCAGCCUACUGCCCAGCAAAAGGUAAAAAACAAGGUUUGUCGGUUCUUUGUUUGGCACAAAGGCAAGUUCGUCCAGUCCCCAAACAUCAAGCGAAUGAAAAAGCAAGAGGCUUGCUUGGGAUAUCAUGUGGAUCAAGUCAAGUAUGGGAACACAAUACUGAAUCCCAAAGUUUUACUACACGAUGGUCACGUAUCUCCAGAUGGUGGCGAAAUUUUGUGGUAUGGUGAGCCUUACUUUCAGUCUGGUACAAUAACUGGAUCUUUUCGCCAUGGGGACUGUAGACGAUUUGGUAGUAUUGGUACAUUUGUAAAUAGCAUCUGUUCUGCUUGUCACAGCAUUCCAAAGAUUGAUUCGUUUAGAUUAAAAUUACAAAGACAUACUGAUUCAAAUGUUAAUGAUUCAAGCACAACUAAUUUUACGUAUUUGACAAGAGAUCAGUUGCUUCUAAAAAUAAGGGAAGCCGAAGAACAAGUCGAGUGCUACAGGCGUCGAGUCUUUUGGUUAAGUGGCUAA